AUGUUUAGACCAGCAUUCAACACUUUCAGACAAUCCUACAGGAGGUACGCCUCGAUAACAACAGAUUCACACAAAAAUGCCAUCGAACUGUACUACAAGAUAAACAAAAAUCCAAAAUUAUACGAGGCCAUGAUGAAGACCUCUACGCUUCUUUUAUCUAAGGGAUUUGCCUCUAAUCCAGUGGAUCUUUCUUUGAACCAGAAACUACGGCUGCUCAACGAUACUGAGAUCCAGGACACGUUAAGAGAGUUCAAACAGCUGUUGAGCGAUGAGAAGAUAAAUAUUGAUUUAAAGGUGAUUGGAGACUUCUUUCAGUUCUUUGGCGACGAUAUAGUCUACGAGAUCAAAUAG